CAGGUCCUGGGGCAGCGGAGAGGAGGUCUCAAGAGGGGUGCCGAGGUGAUUGGAAGAUUGGAAGACUCUUGAAAGACCAGAUAGAUUUCGGAAACCAGAAACACUCCUGGGGAAAACCGGGGGCUCUAGGCGCGCACGAUUUCUUGGCACUAUCAGGGAGCGCUUGCAGGGUUGGUUCCAUGGGCAGGAUUCCGAGCUGCGAUUCCCUCCGGCCCCCUGGGAUUUGUUACCUUCUUAGUUCCUUGUUCGCCGGUAUGCUCUUACCACGGACUGUCGCCUUCAAUCUGGAUGUAAUGAACGCCCUGCGCAAGGAAGGCGAACCUGGCAGCCUCUUCGGCUUCUCGGUAGCCCUGCAUCGACAAUUACAACCCCAACCCCGGAGCUGGCUGCUGGUGGGUGCUCCCCAGGCCCUGGCUUUUCCUGGGCAGCAAGCAAAUCGCACUGGAGGCCUCUUUGCUUGUCCCCUGAGCCUAGACGAGAGGAACUGCUACAGAGUGGACAUUGACAGAGGAGCUGAUGUGCAAAAGGAAAGCAAGGAGAACCAGUGGCUGGGAGUCAGUGUUCGGAGCCAGGGACCCGGGGGCAAGAUUGUCACCUGUGCACACCGCUAUGAGUCUCGACAGAGAGUGGAUCAGAUCCUGGAGACUCGGGAUGUGAUUGGCCGCUGCUUUGUGCUAAGCCAGGACCUGGCCAUCCGUGACGAGCUAGACGGUGGGGAAUGGAAGUUCUGUGAGGGGCGCCCCCAGGGCCAUGAACAGUUUGGGUUCUGCCAGCAGGGCACAGCUGCCACCUUCUCCCCCGACAGCCACUACCUUGUCUUUGGGGCUCCAGGAACCUAUAACUGGAAGGGCACCGCCAGGGUGGAGCUCUGUGCCCAGGGCUCGACCGACCUGGCAGACCUGGACGACGGGCCCUACGAGGCAGGGGGAGAGAAAGACCAAGACCCCAGCCUCAUUCCGGUCCCUGCCAACAGCUACUUUGGUUUCUCCGUCGACUCUGGGAAGGGUCUCUUGCGUGCGGAAGAGCUGAGUUUUGUGGCAGGGGCUCCCCGUGCCAACCACAAGGGGGCUGUGGUCAUUCUGCGCAAGGAUAGCGCCAGCCGGCUGAUACCCGAGGUCGUGCUAUCUGGGGAGCAGCUGACCUCUGGCUUUGGCUACUCUCUGGCUGUGGCUGAUCUCAACAAUGACGGCUGGCCCGACCUGAUUGUGGGGGCCCCUUACUUCUUUGAGCGCCAAGAAGAGCUGGGAGGUGCCGUGUAUGUGUACCUGAACCAGGGUGGCCACUGGGCACAUGUCUCCCCUCUGCGGAUCUGUGGCUCCCCCGACUCUAUGUUUGGAAUCAGCUUGGCUGUCCUGGGGGACCUCAACCAAGAUGGCUUCCCAGAUAUUGCUGUGGGAGCUCCCUUUGAUGGAGAUGGGAAAGUCUUUAUCUACCAUGGGAGCAGCCUGGGGGUGGUUGUCAAGCCCUCACAGGUGCUGGAGGGCGAAGCCGUGGACAUCAAGAGCUUUGGUUACUCCCUGUCUGGGGGCCUGGAUGUGGAUGAAAACUACUACCCAGACCUGCUCGUGGGCUCCCUGGCUGAUACUGCCGCGCUGUUCAGGGCUAGACCUGUUCUUCACGUCUCCCAAGAGAUCUUCAUUGCUCCGAGAGCCAUCGACCUAGAACAACCCAACUGUGCUGAUGGACUCUUGGUUUGUGUGGACAUAAGGAUCUGCUUCAGCUACGUUGCUGUGCCCAGUAGCUACAACCCUACUGUGGCCCUGGAUUACACCUUAGAUGGGGACACGGACCGGAGGCUCCGGGGCCAGGUUCCACGAGUGACUUUCCUGAGCAGAGGCCCGGAUGACCUGAAGCACCAGUCCUCGGGCACUGUGUGGUUAAAGCGCCAACAAGACCGAGUGUGUGGGGACACUGUGUUCCAGCUGCAGGAAAAUGUCAAAGACAAGCUUCGGGCUAUUGUGGUGACCCUGGAAUAUAGUCUCAACAGCCCUCAGCAAGCUCCUGACCAGGGGCUCCCCCCUGUGGCUCCCAUCCUCAAUGCUCACCAGCCUAGCACCCAAAGGACAGAGAUUCACUUCCUGAAGCAAGGCUGUGGUGACGAUAAGAUCUGUCAGAGCAACCUGCAGCUGGUGCAGGCCCGGUUCUGUUCCCGGAUCAGCGACACCGAGUUCCAACCUCUGCCCAUGGCUAUGGAUGGGACAACGGCCCUGUUUGCGCUGAGUGGGCAGCCGUUCAUAGGCCUGGAACUCACCGUCACCAACCUGCCCUCGGACCCGGCCCAGCCUCAGGCAGAUGGGGAUGACGCCCAUGAAGCCCAGCUCCUGGUCACCCUACCGGCCUCCUUACGCUACUCAGGCGUUCGAGCCCUGGAUUCUGUGGAGAAGCCGCUCUGCCUGUCUAAUGAGAAUGCCUCUCAUGUUGAGUGUGAGCUGGGGAACCCUAUGAAGAGAGGUGCCCAGGUCACUUUCUACCUCAUCCUUAGCACCUCUGGAAUCACUAUUGAGACCACGGAGCUGGAGGUGGAGCUGCUAUUGGCCACGAUCAGUGAGCAGGAGCUGCACCCAGCCCUUGUUCGAGCUCAAGUCUUCAUUGAGUUACCACUGUCCAUUUCAGGGGUGGCCACUCCCCAGCAACUCUUCUUCUCUGGCGAGGUGAAGGGAGAGAGCGCCAUGCGAUCUGAGAGGGAUGUGGGCAGCAAGGUCAAGUAUGAGGUCACGGUCUCCAAUCAAGGACAGUCGCUCAACACUCUGGGUUCGGCCUUCCUCAACAUCAUGUGGCCCCACGAGAUUGCCAAUGGGAAGUGGCUGCUGUACCCCAUGCGGGUGGAGCUGGAGGGAGGACAGGGGCCUGGGAAGAAAGGGAUCUGCUCUCCAAGACCCAACAUCCUCCGCCUGGAUGUGGACAGCAGGGAUAGGAGGCGGCGAGAGCUGGAACCACUGAGGCCAGAGGAGCCUCCAGAGAAGCUGGAGCCCAGCACAUCCUGGUGGCCAGUAUCCUCUGCCGAGAGAAAGAGAAACAUCACCCUGGACUGUGCCCAGGGCACGGCCAAGUGUGUGGUGUUUAGCUGCCCGCUCUACAGUUUUGAUCGAGCGGCCGUGCUACAUGUCUGGGGUCGGCUCUGGAACAGCACCUUUCUGGAGGAGUACAUAGCCGUGAAGUCCCUGGAAGUCAUCGUCCGAGCCAACAUCACAGUGAAGUCCUCUAUCAAGAACUUGUUGCUCAGAGAUGCAUCCACAAUGAUCCCGGUGAUGGUGUACUUGGACCCUGUGGCUGUGGUCGCAGAAGGAGUCCCUUGGUGGGUUAUCCUCUUGGCAGUGCUGGCUGGGCUGCUGGUGCUGGCCCUGUUGGUGCUGCUGUUGUGGAAGCUGGGAUUCUUCAAGCGCGUAAAGCACCCGGAGGCCACUGUGCCCCAGUACCACGCAGUGAAGAUCCUUCGGGAAGACCGACAGCAGUUCAAGGAAGAGAAGACAGGCACCAUCCAGAGGAGUAACUGGGGCGGCACCCAGUGGGAGGGUUCUGACGCCCGCCCCAUCCUAGAUGCCGAUGUGGCUCCUGAUGGAACUCCGGUGCCAGCCUCUGCUUAACUUCCCUUAUUCCAGGCCUGGCCUUUGAAUCCCUUCCACCCUUUCCCAAGAUGGGCUUCUUGGGAUGGAAAUAGUGGGGUGGGUUGUUGGCGUCACAUCGAGAUACGGCAGACUCUACUUCCUCAGGGGCACAGACCUCUCCCGCCGUGAGAACCACCCCUCCAACUUCCCCUUAGAAUGCUGUGAGACGAGGGGGCGGGGCGUAUCAGGGAUGGGCUGUGGGCGUGGCUGGAAGGAUGGGAAUGCAGGAUGGGGAGUAGGGGUCCGAUCUCCUUCUCUCAUCCACCCUGAAUAGCAUGUCUUCCCCAAAGUGCCUUAGACAGAGGGUCAGGGAAGAGAGCGUGUCGCUGUCUCUUGUUGCUGUCUCAGGGGCUCUUCCUUACCUAAUCCUCGCUGUCCUCUGACCUUAGUGUGCUGUACCAGCCUAGUGGUUUUUGUCUAUUUAUUAAAAAGAAUUUGACAAUAAAAAAAAAAAACGCU